GAGAAGGGGCUCUUUCUGCGCCAGCGCUGGAGAAAGAGCCGCCGCCGCGCCGUGUGCUUCGACCCCAGGCAGCUGCUGGCUCCGCUCGCGGCGCUCGGAAAGUUGGGUCAGACCUGAACCCCGAAAAGCGGAACCGCCUCCCACCCGCGCGCCAGCCGCCCGCCGGGAGCUGAGUCGCCGGCGGCGGCGGCGGCGGACGGACCCGGGAGUUUCCUCUCGCCCUGGAUGGAGCUGAACUUUGGGCGGCCAGAGCAGCGCGGCGGGCCGGGGAUCGCUGUAUGCUGAGCUCCCUCGACGAGACCCAGCGGCCGCUCGGGAUUUUUUUUUUUUUGGGGGGGGGGGCGGGGACCAGCUGCGCGCCGGCACCAUGUUCCUGGCGACCUUGUACUUCGCGCUGCCGCUCCUGGACGUGCUCCUGGCGGCCGAGGUGAGCGGCGGGGACCGCCUGGACUGCGUGAAAGCCAGCGACCAGUGCCUGAAGGAGCAGAGCUGCAGCACCAAGUACCGCACGCUGAGGCAGUGCGUGGCGGGCAAGGAGACCAACUUCAGCCUGACAUCGGGUCUGGAGGCCAAGGACGAGUGCCGCAGUGCCAUGGAGGCCCUCAAGCAGAAGUCUCUGUACAACUGCCGCUGCAAGCGGGGCAUGAAGAAGGAGAAGAACUGCCUGCGCAUCUACUGGAGCAUGUACCAGAGCCUGCAGGGAAAUGAUCUGCUCGAAGAUUCCCCUUAUGAACCAGUAAACAGCAGAUUGUCUGAUAUAUUCCGGGUGGUCCCAUUCCUACCAGAUGUGUUACAGCAAGUGGAGCACAUUCCCAAAGGGAACAACUGCCUGGACGCCGCCAAGGCUUGUAACCUCGAUGACACCUGCAAGAAGUACAGGUCUGCCUACAUCACCCCGUGCACCACCAGCAUGUCCAACGAGGUCUGCAACCGGCGCAAGUGCCACAAGGCCCUGCGGCAGUUUUUUGACAAGGUUCCGGCCAAGCACAGCUAUGGGAUGCUCUUCUGCUCCUGCCGGGACAUCGCGUGCACUGAGCGGAGGCGGCAGACCAUUGUGCCCGUGUGCUCCUAUGAGGAGAGGGAGAAGCCCAACUGCCUGAAUUUGCAGGACUCCUGCAAGACGAAUUACAUCUGCAGAUCUCGCCUUGCGGAUUUUUUUACCAACUGCCAACCUGAGUCAAGGUCUGCCAGCAGCUGUCUAAAGGAAAACUAUGCUGACUGCCUCCUCGCCUACUCAGGGCUUAUUGGUACAGUCAUGACCCCCAACUACAUAGACUCCAGUAGCCUCAGCGUGGCCCCGUGGUGUGACUGCAGCAACAGUGGGAACGAUCUAGAAGAAUGCUUGAAAUUUUUGAAUUUCUUCAAGGACAAUACUUGUCUUAAAAAUGCAAUUCAAGCCUUUGGCAAUGGCUCUGAUGUGACAGUGUGGCAGCCAGCCCUUCCAGUUCAGACCACCACUGCUACCACCACCACAGCCUUCCGGGCUAAGAACAAGCCCCUGGGGCCAGCAGGGUCUGAGAAUGAAAUCCCCACUCAUGUUUUACCACCUUGUGCAAAUUUGCAGGCACAGAAGCUGAAAUCCAAUAUGUCGGGCAGUACACACCUCUGUCUUUCUGAUCGUGAUUAUGAAAAGAAUGGUCUCUCUGGUCCUUCCAGCCACAUAACCACAAAAUCAAUGGCUGCUCCUCCAAGCUGCGGUCUGAGCCCACUGCUGGUUCUGGUGGUAACCGCCCUGUCCACCUUAUUAUCUUUAUCUUUGGCAGAAACAUCGUAGCUGCAUUGAAAAAACAAUAUGGACAUGUAAAAAGACAAAAACCAAGCUAUCUGUUUCCUGUCCUCUUGUAUAUCUGAAAUUCCAGUUUUAGGAGCUCAUUUGAGACACUGCAAAAAGUUUGUUCCAACUGGAACUUUUUGUUUCUUCUUUUUCUUUCUUUCUUUCUUUCUUUUUUUUUUUUUAUUUUUUUUAAAGAGAUCUUCUUGUGAUCCUUAGGGCUUCUAUGGGAUACCUUAUGCAGUGCUACAUUCCAUAUUGAAAAGGCUUUGGGGCAUGCUGUAUUGCAAAGGGGCAGUUCGUAAAUAUGGCUGUAAAACAAACUGGGCCUAUGUUUGACAUGAUGAUGAUGUUGAUGAUUUUAACACUUUAACUCUGGCCUUUACUAGCUAAAGAAGGACUUCGUAUUUCUAAGGAAUCUCCCGUAUCUCAUGUAAUGGCCUUGGUUUCUGAUGACAUCACUUUAGCCUAACAUGGGUGCAAGCUUAUUUUGUCACAAAGCAAAGAUUCUCACCAAGAGGAUCUUGGUGGACUUUGUGCAGACAAGCUUGCACCAGUGCUUACCUUUCUAUAUGCACUAGCAUUUUCCACACUGUUCGUGUACUGUAAACAGUUCUACACUCUCGUACCAAACAAAUGACACCUGUCACAUCAAAAUGUUAGUGUCCGUCUUUGAAUCAGAAUAGAGGGGACGAGUGUGCAUGAAACUUCGCAGUACCUUGAUUACUGAAUGACACUCUCCUAAGCCUUACCUGAGUGAGAAGCCCUUUAACUAACAAGAGUCAAAUAUAGCUGACAUGUCAUUCUAAUACUCUUUACACAUAUGAGGUUAUAUGUAGAAAAAAAAAUUUUACUACUAAAUGAUUUCAACUAUUGGCUUUCUAUAUUUUGAAAGUAAUGAUAUUGUCUUCAUUUUUUUACUGAUGAUUUAAUACAAAAUACAUGGAGCUCGUUUUCCUCUCGUAAGUAGUGUUAGCUCCAAUAUUAACUUCACGAAGACAGCUUUUCAAAAGCAGACUCCGAGGAGCCUCAUGCUUUAGCAGAAAGCUCUGCAUCACGUUACUGUGGACAGGCAAGAGGAAACAGAGCAGCCAAGUGUUGUCUUUUAUCAUUUCUUGAAAUGCAAGCGUGCAUACCCAUGAGGAAACUGAUGGCCACUUGUAAAUGCCCUGCAACAUCUGAUGGCACCUGUGCCAAUUGACACAAUCUAGUACCUUGGUUUUCAUGUUGCUUGACAAAGGCAGGUUUGACUGGGCUGGAGGACAGGAACAUGCUGCCCUCUAUUCUGAAGCAGAUCUGUGCCAGGGUACAGUUCUUUUGCUAAGGGUUGUCUUGACUCUCAACGAUGAUGACCUGGUCACUGUUGAGAGUGAUUUGGUUUGAAGGUCAUCAGGAAUCUACUUGCAUCUUGUUAUGUGUCCUCCAUGACAGACUGUGACUGACUGUGGAAAGAAAGGCUACUGGAUCAAGAGGACCAACCAUAGGUCUAUAGAGAUGAGUUGGCUGGCAGAGAUACACAGAACAGAACAGGACUUUGGAAACAAGGCAUCUGGCUUGUUCACUGCUCAUCAUCUCCAUCAUUCUCGUCCUGAAGUGCACUUUUGAAGUCUGGUUGAUGGAGACAUUCAGAAUCUACAAUGAUCGAGUGCUAGGAGCCAUGCUUCUCCAACACUGAGUAGAGAAGAAGAGAAUCCACCUGAAUAGAGUGCUGGGAGCAUUAAUCUCCCCACAUCAGUAGAGGGGCUGGAGGAGGAAUCCAAGGUGCACAGUUCAUACUGACCCCCUUUGCCCGCUGAUGUUUGCCUUGUAAGAAUUAAUCAAACCACUGGGGUGGGAAAUCUAUUCAACCCAAGUUAAAGGCAUAGUCUUUUAGCUCUAUUGGUGUUUGAAGUACAUUUAUAUCCAAAUGUUAAUAAACAUAAAUGUAUAAUACUA